AUGAAGUCUGCUGCCAUUCUUGGCCUUACUGGCCUGGCUGCCAAUGUCCUGGCCCACCCUGAGAGACGACAUGCCAACGAUGCCUCUCUGGACAAGCGUGGUGUUGACCUGAGCAAGUUCCGCAUGCCUGAGCUGUCAGAGUACACCGUUUCUUCCAAGGCCAAGUCAAACCCGGCUGUUAGCUCUAUCAACAAGCGCGGUGACUAUGUCGGCGCCGCCAGACAGCUCGUAAAGACUGUUCACCCCGGGGCUGAGUUCCGUGUUGUUGAUGAUCACUACGUUGGAACUGACGGCCUCGCCCAUGUCAACUUCAAGCAGACAGUCCACGGCAUUGAUAUCGACAAUGCUGAUUUCAAUGUCAACGUUAGCCCCGAUGGCACAAUCUUCUCCUAUGGCAACAGCUUCUACAAGGGCAAGGCUCCUGCCGAGAGCCCGCUGACCAAGCGAGCAUUUACUGACCCCCUUAAUGCUUUGAAGGGAGUUGUCGAUAUCCUUGGACUUUCCGUCAAGGCCACCGGCGCCAAGGCCGAGGCCAAGAAAGGAUCAGAGACUUACACCUUCAAAGGCACAAAGGGUGCUGUCAGCGAUCCUGAAGCCAAGCUCGUCUAUCUCACGAAGAAGGAUGGCACGCUCGCCUUGACUUGGAGAGUUGAGACCGAUGUUAUGGACAACUGGCUGCUUACCUACAUUGAUGCUGAUAACAGCAAAGACGUCCACGGCGUUGUUGACUACGUCUCCGACUUUGCUACCAUGCAGGUUUAUCCCUGGACCGUCAACGACCCUACUGAGGGCAGCCGCUCCAUUCAGACUGACCCCUGGAACAUCAAUGCUUCUCCAUUUACCUGGUUUGGUGAUGGUUCCAAGAACUACACCACGCUCUGGGGUAACAAUGCUGUUGCCCAGACCAACUAUGACGGACACAACAACAUCAACGACUACGCCAACAGCUAUCGCCCAACGUCCGCUGCUCGCAAGUUUGAGUACAAUUACUCCCCUAGCAUGUCCAACAAGAAGGACUACCAAGAUGCCUCUAUUACUCAGUUAUUCUACAGCUCCAACACCUACCAUGAUCUCCUCUAUACGUUGGGCUUCAACGAGGCUGCUGGUAACUUCCAGACCAACAACAACGGCAAGGGUGGCAAAGGCAAUGACUUUGUUGUCCUCAAUGCCCAGGACGGCAGUGGCACCAACAAUGCCAACUUCGCUACUCCUCCCGAUGGUUCCCGAGCUCGCAUGAGAAUGUACAUGUGGACUCAGACGAACCCUAACCGCGACUGCUCUUUUGACUCUGAUGUCAUCAUCCACGAGUACACUCACGGUCUCUCCACCCGUCUGACUGGUGGUCCUGCCAACUCUGGCUGCCUCAACGGCCUUGAGUCUGGAGGCAUGGGCGAGGGCUGGUCCGACUUCAUGGCCAUUGCUAUUCUGGCUAAGUCUACUGAUACCCGCGCCAAGGAUUUCCCCGUUGGCGCUUGGGUCUACAAUAACCCCAAGGGUAUCCGAUCCUACCCCUACUCCACCAACACCAAGACCAACCCAUACACUUACGCCACUGCCAACCAGAAGAACGAGGUCCAUGCUAUGGGCGAGAUCUGGGCCAACACUCUCUACGAGGUGUUCUGGAACCUUGUCGACAAGCACGGCAUUACCGCCGAUAAGUACCCUACUCUUGACAGCAAGGGCGUACCCAAGGAUGGCCGUUACCUCACCAUGAAGCUGGUCAUGGGUGGCAUGGCUCUUCAACCCUGCAACCCCAACAUGGUCUCUGCCCGUGACGCCAUCCUCGACGCCGAUAAGCAACUCACUGGCGCUUCCAACAAGUGCGAGAUCUGGAAGGCCUUUGCCAAGCGUGGUUUGGGCACCAAGGCCAACUACAACGGUGGCCGCAACCGUGUUGAGGAUUUCACCGUCCCCGCCGGCUGCUAA